AUGGGGUUAGAAAUUAAACACUUCUGCAAAUUGCAUUCAUUCUUGUCAAUAUUUGCUUUUUGGGCAGAUUUAAAACUGGACACUUCCCCUCCCAGCUUCUGCCCUUUUGUCUUCAAGUCACAAAUCGAAGACAGAAGUCUUAGAGAUACAUCAAAACAGAAAGCAAAUCCACCUGAAUUUCAACCACCUUUAGUUUGGAAUGGGGAAAAUCUGUCGUCGUCUCCUUUGCUGAAACGACUCAUUGUUACAAGAAAGACAAGUUCAUUGUUGGGUGAGGUGACAGAGAAUUGUGAACGCGUGCGAGAACAAUGGCGGGAAACAUUUGCAACACCUCCACCAACGAGACUCACGAUUUACCGGAUACGUGACAAAUUUGAGCAGACAGGAUCUAUCCACAAUGCACCAAAGAGUGGUCGACCAAUCACAGUCACAACGCCGGAGAAAGCAAUGCAAGUCUCCCAGACAUUCACCCAGAACCCUAAGAAAUCAAAAAACAGGGCAGCAGCUGAAUUGGGUAUUGAACGCAGAUCGUUGGGUCGUUUGAUGCACCGUGUUGGACUGGAAAUGAGCUUUACAGAAGCUGGCCAAUGUAAUUGA